AUCAAUGUCCAACUUUCUAUGUAUGAAAUAUGUGAUACACGUAUUUACCUUUCAAACACGUGAAUGUGUGUAAAAUACCUUAUCUACCUAGACGUCCUGCUAAUGUGACCUGCUAGCUCGGUAAAACCUGUGCACAUGAAUUUUACUGGUAGAGUUACUUAACUUUACAUAGUGUGAAUGAAAUUUCAGAGAUAAAUUUAGAAAUGAUUCACAGAGCUAUGAGCUUUCACGUGCAAGUAGUAAAUAUUGGCGAGGAAGAAGUUUUGUAUAAAACUUUGAACACCAUAGUGGAAGUUGAAUAUUGUCCGAAUUCAUUCAGCUAAAGACACUUGAACGUAUAUUUAACCACUCGAGAUGUGCAACGGAUUACACAUAUUUCCUAUUUGUGUUGUUCUCGUGUCGUUGACAACGUUUUGUGUGACCUACAUUUUGUCUGUAUGGAGGAAGGACGUAAAUCCGGUUCUGCCGUACAUCAGUGACACCGGGACUACACCGUACGAGAGCUGUUUAUUCAGUUUCUUCCUCAAUCUGUCCGCUAUUGGGGCCUUUUGCACGAUGUACAUUCGGUAUCGCUGGGUACGACUGGUGUCUCAUGAGGAGAGGUCCCUCCGCUGUUAUAAUAUUUUGGGUCUGCUUUUGGGUUGGUUGUCAGCUCUUGGUCUAGGAUUGGUCGCCAACUUCCAGGAAACGAACUUGAAGGGUGUUCACAUGACCGGAGCGGCGAUGACGAUUGGAUGCGGUAUCCUGUACAUGUAUCUGCAGACCGUCCUAUCAUACAAGAUGGCCGACACUUUGUCCUUAAGCCGAGUACGACUACUGAUGGCCAUUUUCUGUACCCUCACAGCGACUUCCUUCUUGAUCGCCACAGUUGUUGCUAAAUCUCUACGUUCUUCCACUACAGACACGUUACACUGGGAAACGUCAGAGAAGGGUUACGCGGCACACGUGACCGCGGCUGUGAGCGAAUGGCUGACGUGUAUUGUGUUCCUGCUCUUCUUCACAACGUUUGUUCAGGAUUUCAAAAGGACGACUGCUUCUUUGUCAUUUCAUAUAAACACGAUAGCAGAAGGCGAAGGAAUUAAGGUCUGAACUAGCUUUUAGUUUUCCGUUUCUCUCUUGUUUUUUGUUUGUUUGCUUGUAAGAAGGAAUAUUGACAUUAUAUAUCUGUUGUGGUGUAUCAGAAUAGUGCUGCUUUAUUUUUGUAACUUGAAACAGUAUUUUAUUUACUUUGUACAAAGUUGUUUUUAUACAUUUGUAAAAUGUUUUACCAUGCUAUUGUUGAAAAAUAAAUAUACUUUUUAUGAUUGAAA